CGCACACACAUACUCACAGUACCAACCGUUGCACAUUGUGCUUCACAGUUGUGUUGUGCCGCUGCCGUACGCCGUGUGUGGGUUCUGCGCCCAAAGCUACAGCUUUAUAUCUGCCGCCACCCGGCCGCCGGACGCGCCGGAAGUUCUUCUGCACACUAGCCGCGACAGUUUCGCGUGGACAGCAACGCGUCGGGAGAGGGGCAUGUGAUGCUGCCGUAGCUUCGCGUGCGGUACCAGUGGUGCACUCACAGGCAUCGAAAUUAUCACCCAAGCGAUCUCUACACCGCAGCCCGCACUAUCAGGCAUCGGGUGGUCAGGCAGGAGGACGCGCAAACCAGAGUGUUUAUCGGCACCAGCCGUUGGAAUAGCCGUAAAAAUAGCCUCUAUCAAAACAAUAAUGCCGGCAGCAGCCUCACUGGUGCUGCAGUAGACACGCUUGGAGGCAUUUCUCACCAAUCAAACAUCGCAACCGCAGCAGCAGCAGGAGCUUGGAUCGGACAAGCAACGACAGCACCACACAAACACACACCCAGCCACAAAGCGACACGACGAUGGCCAGCUCGGCGAACCUGUCGGCCGAUUCGUCCGCCGAGGAGCAGGAGACGCUGUCCGACGAUUCGCACAAGAACGGCAAGCGCAAGCACACGAGCGAUUCCGACUCGGAUCAGCCGCAAAAGCGGCCGGGAAUCUCGAUGGCACCGGCCGCCAUGGACGGGUCGCAGGGAGCCGCGGCCACCACCGCCGCCGCCGGCGGCGCCGCACCGUUUUCACAGUUUUCGGAGAAAUCCUUCCGGAUGAUGAAGCAGAUGGGGUACAAGGCAGGCACCGGCCUGGGCAAGACCGGCCAGGGCCGGGUGGAUCUGAUCGAAACGUCCUCGCAGAAGGGCCGGAGCGGUUUGGGCAUGAAGCUAAACGAGCUAAACACGGCAGCGGAACAGUGGGACGGCGCAGAGGAGCGGCUCCAGAUACCGGAGGUGUGCAGCUGGCUGGUGAACGUGCACGCCGAGGCCGGCUCGCCGGGCAUUACGCGCGAGCAGCUGGACGCGUGGAUCCGGGUCGGGCCGCGCAAGCUGCUGAUCGACGACGAGCACCGGUACUGCGAGCCGGACGUGCUGGCCCAGAUACUCGCCAGCAAGUCGGUGUUUAACAAUCUCGGCGCGGACGACAUGCGCAAGGCCCGCUCGAAGUCGAACCCGUUCGAGCUGAUCAAGAGCAACAUUUUCAUCAACCGGGCGGCGGUCAAGAUGGCCAACAUGGACUCGAUGUUUGGCUUCAUGCUUACGUCGCCGGUCGACCGGCACGGGCAGCCGCUGGUGCGCGACCACGAUCUCUUCUACUUUGCGGACGUGUGUGCCGGGCCGGGCGGCUUCUCCGAGUACGUGCUGUGGCGCAAGCGCUGGUACGCCAAGGGGUUCGGCUUCACGCUGAAGGGGGCGUACGACUUCCGGCUGGACGAUUUUUCCGCCGGCUCGCCGGAAACGUUCGACCCGCACUACGGGCCGAAGGAGGACGGCAACGUGUUCGAUCCGGCCAACAUCGUCGGCUUCACCGAGUACGUGAUGACGCAGACGGAGACGGGCGUCCACCUGAUGAUGGCCGACGGCGGGUUCUCGGUCGAGGGGCAGGAGAACGUGCAGGAAAUCCUGUCGAAGCAGCUGUACCUGUGCCAGCUGAUCGUGGCGCUCGCGAUCGUGCGCCCGGACGGCCACUUUGUGAUGAAGGUGUUCGACCUGUUCACGCCGUUCAGCGUCGGGCUGGUCUAUCUGGCGUACCGGUGCUUUCGGGAGAUUUCCAUCUGCAAGCCGAACAGCAGCCGGCCGGCCAACUCGGAACGCUACCUUGUGUGCAAGUGGAAGCUGCCCCAGACCGACCUGAUCCAGCGGCACCUGGAGGACGUGAACCGGCAGAUGUACGACAACCGGAACGCCAACAUCGACACGCUCGAGCUCGUGUCGGAGGAGGUGCUGCGGGCGGACGCCACCUUCCACCGGUACGUGUGCGACAGCAACAAUGCGAUCGGGCGGAACCAGAUCGCCGCCCUGCUCAAGAUAGCCGCGUUCUGCCGGAACCGCGAUCUGGCCGAGCCGCGCCAGAUGGAGGUAAAGCAGAAGUGUCUCGCGCUGUGGAAGCUCCCGGACGGCAUCCGGAAGUUCGCAAACAAGGGCGACCCGGACCAGUACGUCGCGAAGCUGUACAAGGAGUGGAACAGCCUGACCAAGGAGGUGUGCCAGGUCGAGAAGCGGGUGCAGAACCCGGAGCUGCGGCAAACCUUCCCGUCCGUGUACGACUGGUGCUUCGUGCCGAUCGGGACGGUCGAGAACGCGGGCAAGAACCUGCGCACCAUCCUGCUCGGCAAGGGCGGCAAGGAGGUGUACCGGUUCGAGCCGAAGCAGUGCAGCUGGAUACCGGUGACGGAGGUGUCGAUCGAGCUGCCGCCCGGCACGAUCAUCUACGCGGAGAUCGUGCGCGAGCUGCAGGGCCAGGGCAAGUCGCAGAUCGUCAUCCACACGCUGCACAUCAUCGACGGGCUGCUGCUCGGGGGCGAAAACAUACGGCGGCUGCCGCUGCGCCAGCGGCUCGCCCGCUGUCAGCAGUUUGCCAAGGCGCUCAACAAACCGCUCAAGGGCACGGUGGCGGACAGCACGAACGGGACCGCCGUCACUGUGCAGAUACGGGCGAAGCGGCUGUACGGGCUGCACGAGAUCGAGCACUUUUUCGGCUCGCUCGAAACGUACAGCCUGAAGACGGGGCCGCCCCGGCUCGGCUACCGCGUCCGCAACCUGAUCGAUCCGGACCGGUUCUACGUGCCGUACGGACUGCUGUUUCUAAAGGAAACCAAGCCGGACUACAUGAAGUCGCUGUCCAAGACGCGUCGCAUGUUCUACUACUACCACGUGAAGACGAAGAGCUCCCGGUAUCCGGAGCAGUUCGAGCAGGCCAACCACGAGCCGGAAACGAUGGCCCUGUUUGAGGAGACGUACCACUCCCGGCUGCUCUGGCGGUGGGAAACGGUGCACCAAGUCGAUCCGGAGUACGGCGCGGACCGGUCGGCGGACAGCGUGUACCGGGUCGACUUCCGGAAGUAUGUGCGGGAAAAUUACGAGCCGGGCGUUAACUAGAGAGCCGACAAACAGCGAACGGGAGGUGAAAGCGUUCAAUUUGUAAAGUAGCGCACGUGCGGGAGUGUCAGCGACCCACGGCCGCCUCUCCCGGCCGGUAAGAUUAGGAUUGGAUAGCACAUUCACACACACACACACGCGGGCAAUAAUUUUAAAACUCGGGCGCUCCGGGAUAACAAGAAUUUGGAACCCCGGCCAAUACUUAUACGGUCGAGUAAACGGGUGGUAGGAAGCCGCUUCCCCGCAAGGAAAGCGAUCGUAUGAGCCUGAGCGUAUGUGAGAGGAGAUUUAAUGUUCUUUUUUGUGUUAAUAUUUCCUGCACCUUACAA